AUGAGGAAUCACACUCCAGUCACUGAGUUCCUCCUCAUGGGAAUCCCUCAUACAGAAGGGCUAGAAAAUGUGCUCUUUGUCUUAUUCCUGGGCUUGUACCUUCUCACUCUACUGGGGAACCUGCUCAUUCUUCUGGCCAUCCUCACUUCCUCUAACCUCCACACCCCCAUGUAUUUCUUCCUGGGAAACCUGUCAUUGUUCGACAUCUUUUUCCCAUCAGUAAGUUCCCCCAAAAUGAUACUGUGUUUAAUGAGAUACACCCACACCAUCUCCUACAUGGGCUGUGCAAGCCAGCUGUUCUUUUACCAUUUCUUGGGCUGCACUGAGUGUUUCCUCUACACUGUGAUGGCCUACGACCAUUUUGCAGCCAUCUGCCACCCCUUGAGAUACACAGUCAUCAUGAGCCAUCAGGUUUGCACCAUCUUGACACUGGGUACCUGGAUGGGGAGCUGUCUGCAUGCCUCUAUCCUCACAUUUCUUGUCUUUAAGUUACCCUAUUGUGGCCCCAAUGAGGUAGACAUUUUCUCUUGUGAUAUCGCAGUGGUGCUGCCCCUGGCCUGUGCUGAUACUUCUCUAGCUCAGACGGUGAGUUGCACUAAUGUAGGUGCUGUUGCUCUCAUGUGUUUCCUUUUUAUCCUCACUUCUUAUACUCACAUUGUUAUCUCAAUAUUGAAAAUCAGCUCAUUGGAGGGGAGGCACAGAGCCUUCUCAACCUGUAGUGCCCAUCUGAUCUCCAUUCUGCUCUUUUAUGGCCCCGUGAUUCUUGUUUAUCUGCGACCAGUUUCCAGCAUCUGGCUGGAUUCUGUAGUUCAAAUGUUGAAUAAUAUUGUUACCCCUUCCCUUAAUCCUUUCAUUUAUACCUUGAGAAACAAGGAUGUAAAGUUAGCACUGAGAAAAGUGCUAAUACCAGAAGGACAUUUUUGUGGAGAGUAA